GUAAAAAAAGAUAGCAUUACUCUCUCCCAUCAUGAAGUUCUUAGUUACUCUAGGAUUUCUUAUAGUCUGUGUGACCCUGGGCGGUGAGGCCAGGCUUAAACACAAAAACUAUAUUGAUAGGUUGAUACCUCAGACAGACAACAAAAGGCAACUAGCUUCCUGUGCUGGAAACGAAUUCGCAUGUCACGAGAAAUGUAUCCCUGCCAGCUACGUCUGUGACACAGACAGUGACUGCUCGGAUGGGCUUGACGAGCAGCAGAACUGCCCAACAGACUGCACUGGACACAACCAGUUUAAGUGCCCAGACAAGUGUAUCUCUUCCUACUAUACUUGCGACGCAUCCAAUGAUUGUUCUGAUGGAUCAGACGAGAAAAACUGUUCUGGAUCAUGUCGAGGAUCUGACUUCAAGUGUGGCAAUGGCGCCUGCAUAAGUCACAGCUGGCUGUGUGACGGCGAUGAAGAUUGCGGAGAUCAUACAGACGAGGCCAACUGUGGUGGAACAUGCAGGAAUGGCUACUUCCACUGCACCAACGGAGCGUGUAUCACCCAGACCUGGGUGUGCGAUGGAGACAACGAUUGCCAUGACAACUCUGACGAACAAGGCUGCCCCGCUAGAACCUGUUCCCCCUAUCAGUUUACGUGCACCAAUCAGAGGUGCAUUCCUGCUGGAUAUAAGUGUGAUCAAGACAAUGACUGCGGCGACAACAGUGACGAGAUCGACUGCACGUGUGCUUCGGAUCACUUCAAAUGCCCCCACGGCAAGUGCAUCCCCAACAGCUACCUGUGCGACGGCGACAACGACUGCGGGGAUCUCUCUGACGAAGACAACUGCCCCACCAUCCACCCCGGGGUCUGCAUCGACCAGCUGACCUUCGAAGACUGCUAUCGCAUGAACAUCUCCACCUACCCCAUCUGCCAGUAUUACGCUGACGCCCACAGGUACUGCAGGAAGUUCUGCGGCGUCUGCGACACGUAACUUUUAGGGCCGUGUGCAAAAGCGUCAGGUCAGGGACUGUGUGGGCCGUGUGCACAAUCGUCAUUCUGAAAUGCGCAAAUUUGGUGAGCGUCUCAUAGACAUUGACAUAGCUUGAGUUAAUUAGUCUUUUACAGUCAUAUAAUAAUGAUACAAUGCUUAAAUAAAUUGUGCCAAUAAAAUUUGUAUUUCAAGUC